AUGGCCACCAACGGCACCAAUGGUGUUAGACCCCACCACAACCAGGGCACAUUUCUGUUCACCUCCGAGUCUGUUGGAGAGGGACACCCAGACAAGAUCGCUGAUCAGGUCUCCGAUGCCAUUCUCGAUGCCUGCUUAGCCGAAGAUAAGGCCUCCAAGGUUGCCUGCGAGACUGCCACAAAGACCGGUAUGAUAAUGGUCUUCGGUGAAAUCACAACCAAGGCCCGUCUCGACUACCAAAAGGUCAUCCGAAAUGCCAUCAAGGACAUUGGAUACGAUGACUCCUCCAAGGGCUUCGACUACAAGACUUGCAACGUUCUGGUCGCCAUUGAGGAGCAAUCCCCCGAUAUCGCCCAAGGUCUCCAUUACGAGAAACGCCUCGAGGAACUCGGAGCUGGUGACCAAGGUAUCAUGUUCGGAUAUGCCACCGACGAGACCCCAGAGCUGUUCCCCUUGACCCUUCAAUUGGCCCACAAGCUUAACGCUGAAAUGGCUGCAUCUCGCCGAAACGGAAGCAUCCCAUGGCUCAGACCUGACACAAAGACCCAAGUCACCAUCGAGUACAAGCACGAUAACGGAGCUGUCAUCCCACUGAGAGUUGACACCGUCGUUGUAUCCGCUCAGCACAGCGAGGACAUCACCACUGAGCAGCUACGAAAGGAGGUCAAGGAGAAGAUUAUCAACAAGGUCAUUCCAGCCAAGUACUUGGACGAGAACACUAAAUACCACAUUCAACCCUCCGGACUGUUCAUCAUUGGUGGACCACAAGGAGAUGCUGGUCUCACUGGCCGAAAGAUCAUUGUCGACACCUACGGUGGAUGGGGAGCUCACGGUGGUGGUGCUUUCUCCGGCAAGGACUUCUCCAAGGUCGAUCGAUCUGCUGCAUAUACUGCCAGAUGGAUCGCCAAGUCAUUGGUUCAUGCUAAGCUUUCGAGACGUGCUCUCGUGCAACUUUCAUACGCCAUUGGUGUCGCCGAGCCACUCUCCAUCUUCGUCGAAACAUAUGGUACCUCCGACAAGACCUCCGAUGAGUUGGUCGAGAUCAUCCGUGCCAACUUUGAUCUCAGACCUGGUGUCAUCGUCAAGGAUCUCGACUUGGCCCAGCCAAUCUACUUCAAGACCGCCAAGAACGGUCACUUCACCGACCAGAGCUUCACAUGGGAGAAGCCAAAGACUUUGAAAUUCUAA